AUGGCUCUCGCAAGGCAACACAUCGACGAAUGUGUUCAUGGACAUAAACGCUGCAAACGUCUGUCCCCCCCUAGCCCUCUCCUUCCCACGCGCCUCGUGGACUGCUCCGACCCUGCUCUGCCACGGCUUGUUCUCACCACAGGAGAACGCGGUGAAUAUAUCGCGCUCAGCUACGUGUGGGGCGAGGAGAAACCUUACCAGACCGCUAUAUCCAGUGGAGUAUCCAUCUAUGAACACGGAAUCGCUUCGUCCAUUCUUCCCCAGACCGUCCGCGACGCAAUCUCUGUCACACACGCUUUAGGAUUUCAAUACCUGUGGGUGGACACCCUGUGCAUCAUUCAAGAGGACGACGCGGAUCGGCGGCACGAGAUUGGGCACAUGCCUCAUAUCUACCGCCAUGCGCAUCUUACCAUAUUCGCUGCUAGCGCAAAGAGUGCCAGCGAAGGCUUUCUCCACCAGCGACCCCCACAGCAGAGCAACGUCGUUCUCCCCUUCAUCUGCCCUCCCCCUCCGCCGAGUUCUAUGGGUAUCCCAGCUACCCACUCCACAGCGCAGUUGCAGCUCGGUCAAGUGCACCUCGCUUCAAUCGACUCAGCACGUGCGUCGUACAGCGACGAACUCGGGGUCAUGGCCACGCGCGCCUGGUGCAUGCAAGAGUACCUGAUGUCUCCGCGCGCCCUCAUCUUCACCCCCACGCGACUACUGUUCAGCUGCCGCACCACCAUGCAGGGCGUUGGAAACUCAUUCGGGUCCAUGGAUGACGAGCCCCAGCUACCAGACAUGCUCUUCCUCCGAAACCCACCUGUAGCGAAGCCUGGUUCCAAGGAGUGGAAGGACAUGCACAGAGCCUGGACCAAGGUCGUGAUGGACUAUAGCCGCCGCAGAGCUACCUUCGAGUCCGACAAGCUAGUCGCAUGCGCUGCGGUCGCCCAGCAAUUCGCCCACUGGUCCUGA